UGUUUUAUUGUUUAUUGCUGGGACGGCGUCGUAUGGUCACGCCUCGCACUCGCGCUCUGGAGUUUCAACCCACCGCACCGCGCCCCGAAUCGAAUCCAACAUACGUUUCCAACGAUAGACAGAAGAAACAAAAUCCGAAGCUCCAAUUCCUCCUAACUGCAGUAGUAACCGAAACCCGAUGACCCUAGCCAUGGUUUAGCUUCAAACAUGGCUCCCUGAACCCUAGCAUUUCUCUCUCUUCGCAACAACGCCGAUCCGAUCCCGAUCCCUUUCUGAUUCCGAUCCGAUCCGAUCCAAUGGCGGGGGCAGCCUCUGCUCUGUUCCUCCUCGACAUCAAAGGCCGCGUCCUCAUUUGGCGCGACUACCGCGGCGACGUCACUGCUGUCGAAGCCGAACGCUUCUUCACCAAACUCAUUGAAAAAGAGGGGGAUCCGCAGUCUCAAGAUCCGGUUGUGUAUGAUAAUGGUGUGACCUACUUGUUUAUACAGCAUAGCAAUGUUUUCCUCAUGAUGGCUACCAGACAAAACUGCAAUGCUGCUAGCCUCCUUUUCUUCCUACAUCGUAUCGUUGACGUGUUUAAGCAUUAUUUUGAAGAAUUGGAAGAGGAGUCUCUUAGGGAUAACUUCGUUGUUGUGUAUGAAUUACUUGAUGAAAUAAUGGACUUUGGCUACCCGCAAUACACCGAGGCAAAGAUACUUAGUGAGUUUAUCAAGACGGAUGCCUAUAGGAUGGAAGUUACUCAGAGACCUCCCAUGGCUGUGACAAAUGCUGUAUCCUGGCGCAGUGAAGGGAUAAACUACAAGAAAAAUGAGGUUUUCUUGGAUGUGGUGGAGAGUGUUAACAUACUUGUCAAUAGCAAUGGACAAAUAAUUAGAUCUGAUGUUGUUGGGGCAUUGAAGAUGAGAACAUAUCUGAGUGGUAUGCCUGAGUGUAAACUUGGGUUAAAUGAUAGAGUAUUAUUAGAGGCACAAGGUAGAACGACCAAGGGAAAAUCAAUUGACUUGGAGGACAUCAAAUUUCAUCAGUGUGUGCGUUUGGCCCGAUUUGAGAAUGAUCGGACGAUUUCAUUUAUCCCUCCUGAUGGAUCAUUUGAUUUAAUGACAUAUAGGCUCAGUACACAGGUUAAGCCUUUAGUUUGGGUGGAAGCACAAGUUGAAAAACAUUCAAAAAGCCGGAUUGAGAUUAUGGUAAAAGCUAGGAGCCAAUUUAAGGAACGCAGUACUGCCACAAAUGUUGAGAUUGAGUUGCCUGUUCCUGCUGAUGCAACCAAUCCAAAUGUUCGGACUUCAAUGGGAUCUGCAUCAUAUGCACCUGAAAAAGAUGCAUUAAUCUGGAAAAUAAGAUCAUUUCCUGGAGGCAAGGAGUACAUGUUAAGGGCAGAGUUUCGUCUUCCCAGUAUAGUAGAUGAGGAAGCAACUCCUGAGAGAAAAGCUCCUAUACGUGUAAAAUUUGAGAUACCAUAUUUUACUGUGUCUGGGAUACAGGUAAGAUAUUUGAAGAUUAUUGAGAAAAGUGGGUAUCAGGCUCUUCCAUGGGUGAGAUACAUAACAAUGGCUGGAGAGUAUGAACUGAGGCUAAUUUGAGAUUUGUGUCCUUGUUUGGUAUUCACAAAAUAAAUGUGUCAUUCCGUGAUCGUGGAUGGAAGAGGGAGUCUCGAGUCAUUAAUUUUUUACCAACCCCAUAUGAGUUACUAAUUGUCUAGAAAGUUGUUGCAGCUGAAAAUUCUGAGUUGGAAAGUGUGAGCCGAAACUCUUGCAAGUCCCUUCGGUCAAAUCUGUUUUGAUUGGGAAAAUGAUUCGUUCUCCCUCUUCAUUUUUAGGCCUUUUUUGUAAUCACAAUGUGUCGAUCUUUUUCCAACGUCUUCAAAUUGUAAUCUGAUAUACAUUUUAAAGAGAAUCAUAGGGUUUUGUAUUAGCAAGUAAAUGAUUUCUACAGACAAAUUAUAGAUAGGGAAUAAUUGUCCCUCAGCCAUGUAUGAACGACAAAUUUUUAAAUAUUUAUUCACAGUUUUACAGAUAAAUGCAUAAAA